AUGAAAGCGAUCAUUUUUUCAAUGGCUAGUGGAAAAAUACUUGAAUCAAUGGUUAAACAAUAGAUAAUAGGAGAGACAUUUAAGAUUUUUUUAGAUUAAGAAUAGUUUGACUCGGCUAUACAUCUUAUCAUCUAUUUUGAGGAUUUUGAAACUGAUACCUAUUUAUCUCAAUGCAUUGACUACUUAAUUGAUCAAACUAAAAAGCCUUAAUUUUAUGAGUUUAAAAUACUCUUCUUAAUCAAGCUCUUUGACUACAUAAAAUAUGUUCAAUUCGAUAACUUCAUUCAAUACCUUGAAAUUCUUGUCAAAGGGGAUUAGAAUCUCUUCUUUUAUAGUUCAAAUCCAAUUAAGCUGGCUAUGAUUCUUAUUGAUAUACUGUAUCUUAUUAAAAGGAAGUUUAAGGUGGCUUUGUUUAGAAUAGAUCUUUUGAAAAUCGAGAUCGAAGAUCUUACAAAAAGAAUCAUUAAAGCUAUCACAAAUUCAGAUGAACUAAAAUAGCUAUUAAAAUAAAAAGAUUUACGAGGAAAUGACUCAUUAUACUAUAUGUCACUGUAUAAUGUUUAUACAAUACUAGAUACAACUUCAACUGAUAAGAUUCUUCAAGAUUUCUGGAAAAGUAGUAAAGAUGUGACAGGAUAUUUAAUAGAAGCAUCUUCAAGUUUUAGGAUAAUAAUGAGCAAUUCAACUAGAUUUUUACCAUAAUUUGAGGAAUAAAACAGAUUUUACAAAAAGAUAGAUUUAAAGAAAUUGAAAUCACAUACAUUUUAGUUCGAAGUAUGGAAAAAAUCUAUGCAAAUAAGUUUAGUGCACCAAUUAAGAGAAGAAAUGUCUUAAAUUAAAGAUGGUGAAUUAUUAGCAUUGCAAAAUUAUGUCUAAAUAAUUGACCAAUAGCUGGAAGAUGCUGGAUAUGAUAUUAAUCUAGCAAUCGAUGACAAUAUGUGUAGUUAAUUGGAUGAUAUACCAUAGCUCUAACUUAACAAAAACUUGCCUGAAGCACAUUUAUGGAGAUUGCCUUAGUUAAAAUUAGAUAUUUGUCUUGAAAACAAUAGAAGAUAUAGAUGA